GCACACACUGCUCCCGCUCACUCUUUGCCGCUCACUUUGCUGUCGUUUGAACUCAUUUCUAACAGACUCCUCGUGAGGAUAACGCAGAAGAAACGAGCACACGCGCAGAGGGAUGGGACGGUUGUGAAGGAGACUUCUACAUUGGAAGUGGCUACAAGACUAGGUUAAACCGAUGGAGGACGAUAACAUUUCAUCUACUGGGUUCAAGCCUCUCUUCAUUGAAGAAGAAGAAGCAGAUCCGGACCUCAUGGAGCAAAGAGAGUGCAACACGGCCCAGUCUGGACUCACCUUCGCAGGAACACAGCUGAAUCAAUCGGCUUUAAUGAAGCCAUACUUACAGGAGAUGGGUGGCUUAUUGAAGAGCUGUGAGGACCUCACCGGUAUCUCUUUUGGCUCACACUUCUCAGCAAGUUACAAUCAAACAAGCCUGGCUGAAUCAACUCAUAGCCACAGCAGAAUGGAAGACACAAUGGAGAGCUUUGGGGAAACAAGUAUUUCUCCCCAAGCAUAUCUUUCCACAAGCUACAUAGACACACACAUGGAUGGGUCUGGAACAGAAGACCAGCCAGCGCAAGGCAAGUCGCACGCCACCGUCAUUAACAGGUGUGAAGUGACCACAGAAGCUUCUGGCCAAAAAGAAAUGCCUCUCACUUCAGCGGGAAACCAACUGAGCGAAACCAUGGUGGAGUAUGAGGGUCAGCUGUUGGGGAUGUUGGCCAUGCUGGAGAGCUGUAUGGAAGAGUCUGGGAUGGACUUUGAGCCCCAAGGCUGGGCUCCAGAUGCGAGCCAAGAGUACGUGCACAUCAGUAAGAAUCCUCAUCGGGGUACAACACUGGUGCCCGUUCAGCAAGAGAGGCCAAUGAAGUUGGAGACCCAGCCAAAGCAGUUAGAAUCCUGGGCUGGUCAACACGUCGGGGGAGAUAACGUUUCCGGGGAGAGCAGAAACGAGGAAACAGUGGGUUCACCAACACAUGGAAGCCAGGGAGGUUUCUCAAUGGAAACACUGGAAUGGCAAGACCAGGAGGUUCUUGAACCUCAGUUCAGGUUUGCAGGUCCAUCAAUGCCAUUAGAUAGUACAGAAAAUGAUCCCAUGUACUGUGAGGCGACAAAGACAGGCUAUAUGUCUACCAGUGAGCCAACUGGGAUUGAAGUAGACGACACUGAAGUGUCAGCUGAAGAGAAACAGGAGCUCAAGACGGACACCAUGGAUCUGGGAUCUGGCAUGAACGAACUAGGCGCACUAGGGUGUCAGAUGGAGGAGUGCAUAGAGGAGGUGCAGCGGUUACAGAAGAGGAGGAAGGAACUGCUGAUGGAAGUGCUGGAGUUGAGAGGGAAUAAAGACAGAGAGGAGGCAGAGGGGAGCAAUGAAGAGGAGACGGAGGAGCGAAUUGAUAGCAAAGUGGCAGAGCUGAUGAUCACACUGAAGAUGGAGGAAGAGGCGAGAAGACAGGAGAGGAAGAAAGAGAUUCAGGGCGUCAGAGAGGAGAGAGCAGGGGAGGAGAGGAGGCUGUGGAAGGUGAACCUGGAGAGACAGGGGCUGUAUGAGGAGCUAAGAAAGCUGAAGAGGAGGCUGUUUGCGAUGGCGAGGGACUGCGCUCACAACCAGGCUGCCCUGAACACACAGCAGCAUGAGGUGGAGCUCCUAAAGAGAGAAGAGGAAAAGCUGCAGUCGAUGGUGCUCCAGCUGACAGAAGAAGGCUCCCAUCUCAGGGCAGCUCAACAGCAACAGCUCUUAGACCUACAAGCACAGCUUCAUGCCCAGAUAUCCAGUCAGACCUCCAACACCCAGGACGAGCUGAACCAGUGCAGGAGGCACUCCUGUGGAGACAUCCAGCAGUAUCUGCAGGGUGGGCUGAAAGCGCUGGAGAACAGAUAUGAACCCAUUUUGCUCACAUUGCUGAAGAGAAGGGAGGCAACAGCCGGAGCACUGGUGAAAGCCAAAGAGCAGGGCCAGGAGCUGAGGGCGCAGCUGAGACCCCUGAUGGAGGAGAUCCAAAGGCUGAAUCUCCAGAGAGCUUGCUUGGAGGAGAAACUCAAACUGAUUCACUUACAGAGGAGAGAGGAUGUGGGGCAGUACAAGGAGACGGUGUACUUCCUGGAGGACAGCAGCAGAGAGCUGAAGACAGAGUUAAAGAUUCAGAAGAGAAAAACCAAAGAGGUAGAGGAUCUGAGAGACAGCUUAAACAAACAUCUACUCCUCUACAGGGCUGCCAUUGAGGAGCUUAACAAGUCUGACGAUGAGGAGGAAACAUGAAAACAACAACAAAAAUCAGUCCUGUGAUUUAAUAACAAGCUGAUCAUUCUUUUUUAUCUGCAACAUUGUGAACUCCAAGAUUCAAUUAAUGCACUUUACACACAUGCUGAGAAGAUGAACUCGAACACAUUUUGUAGAAAGGUGUUUUGUUAUGAAUAAAGGCUUUGUGUUUGAUGUAAUCCAA